AUUUUCGUAUUCUGUCUUUGAAGUUAUGUAAUGUAUUUGCUGCAGUCAAAAGUUCUGUAGUACCUUCCCUCGAGCUUCAUACUUUUAUUAGAGUAUACUGUGUUUCUACUUUUUCUACAUAUAUUCUAGACAAAUAUUCCAUCAAAACUACUACCUCAUUUCAUUUUAAUGGAAUAGUCUUAAUUUCUUGGUAUGAUUAAUUUUGUAUAAGAAACCCAUUUUUCUGCAUCAGCAUUUGAAUUAAAAGAGGAUUUAUGUGUCUUUUGAUACUGUGAGAGAGAGGAAGUCAGUGAUAGAUUCUGAUAUUUUGAGUCUGUGGCUAUCAAUUGAAGCCUUGCAGACUGCUGUCAUACCUGUCUGUUUGAAGAGUUUUUAGUAUUUUUUACUUGUCUGCCAUGAUUUUAUUAACUUCUCAAUUUAGCAAUACAUUAGAGAAGAACAAGCGGCAUUUAUAGGUUCUUGCCAUUUUAUAAACUCAUGAUUUGCACUUAUAUUAAUUUUUAUGAAUGCGCUCCAGAGAGAAAAGAAAGAAAUAUAAAUUACAUAUACAUGAUAAUCAUAGCCAAUCACCCAAGGUUUUAACAUGGCCCCAUUUCAAUUUUUUGUAGCAUGCUGUGGAUUUGGUCAACAUCUAGCUACAAGAGACAGUUGAAUGCUUGAUUUAAAACUGUAAUCAGAAAGUUUUUACACUUAAUUAUCUUUUAUUGUGCUUGCUUUAUUUCAUAAUUUCAUACUUCUCAUCUGUGUUCUGUAUUCUGAAAGCUGUGAUCUCAUUAUACAUUUAAUGUUCCUUACCUCUUAACGUUCUUUGUAUCUUAAAUCAUCAGUUCUCGGACAACAGCAAAACAAACUCUUAAAAAAAUGAAUGUAAAAUCAUCGUUACUACACUUGUUGGUGUUCUGCACAUAUGGCUAUGGAAUCUACCACAAUGUUACGAAAUUGAGGCCUCCAUCCUCUCCGGCUUUGGAUUUUGCCUACCGACAGUUUGGGGGUCGUCUUAAGUUCUUAACCUUCCUGAAUGCUCUUCUGCAAUGUGGCUUCUUUGGACUGUGUGUUCUGAACGACUUCGUAGGCUCAGAAUCACCAGUGUAUGCACGAAGAAGCUUGCUGCAGAGGCUACGUGAUUGGCUCUUCACAUCCCUAGUAUUGCCUAUGGGAGUGUUUGUGUCUUGCAUAUUCUGGGCACUGUAUGCUGUUGAUCGUGAACUCAUCUUUCCUGCAUCUCUUGACUCGUGGUUCCCAGGGUGGUUGAACCAUAUCAUGCACACACUUCCAGCCGUUGGUGCCAUCGCAGAAUUGUACUCAGUGUGUCACUGCUUCCAAAAGGGAAUCAAGAUGUAUUAUCCUAUUCUAGUGGCAUACUUUCUCUAUCUGUCAUGGAUUUGCUACAUUGCCUAUGCAGCUGGUUUCUGGGUGUAUCCUGUGUUUGAGGUUCUGGAUAUGAAAGGCCGAACCAUUUUCCUCGCUGCACUACUGUUGCCCAAUCUCCUCUUUGUUCAUUUAGGACCCAGACUGCAUAACAUGAUUUGGGGGUCCUCUACAAAGACGCAAGGAAAGAGAAAGGGAAAGUAGGAAUGAAUACAAAGAGAUGGAAAAGGGAAGGUUAUCUAAAAAAGUUUAUAGAAGUGACAGAUUAAUACUAUGGUAAAUUUGGUAACAACAAUACUCAAGAAUGAUUAGAAACUAGAAUAUGGAUUGGAUAAUUGAUUUACUUGUGUUGUAUAUGCAUAUAUAUAUCUGUUUUUUUUAGAAUAUGAGUGAUUUUUUGAAAUUUUAAUAAAGACAAUAAAGUCAGCUAA